AUGAAGCGGUGUGAUGACCGCGAGGGUGUCUCCCCAGCGACCAAGCCAGCACCAAGUUUCUAUUCUUAUGAUGCUGGCGAUUUUAUUGUCAUUAGCUCCAGCACGGUUACAAACUUUAAAAAUAUAUGCUCACUCAAAAUACUGCUUAUGUUUGAUCUUCUAAGUAUAGACUUAGAUGAUAUUCAAAGAUGUUCUGCGAGAUCUGAUCGUUCGGAUGCUGUGGAUCGUCUUCAGAAUGUUACCCAGACAGUGUCACGUAUCCUAGAUGGAUAUGACAUACGGUUGAGACCGAAUUUCGGAGGCGAACCCCUCUACGUCGGAAUGGACCUCACCAUAGCUAGCUUCGACGCUAUAUCAGAAGUUAAUAUGGAUUACACAAUCACCCUUUAUCUGAAUCAGUAUUGGAAGGAUGAAAGAUUAGGUUUCGGGAUGCAAGACGAGGUUCUCACUUUGUCAGGCGACUUCGCUGAUAAGAUAUGGGUUCCGGAUACCUUCUUCGCGAAUGAUAAAAAUAGUUUUCUCCACGACGUGACGGAACGCAAUAAACUGGUGAGGCUCGGUGGUGACGGCGGCGUGACGUACGGCAUGAGGUUCACAGCGACCCUGGCUUGCAUGAUGGACCUCCAUUACUACCCCCUGGACAGUCAGAACUGCACCGUCGAGAUCGAAAGCUAUGGGUACACGGUCUCCGAUGUCGUGAUGUACUGGAAGGAUACUCCGGUCCGUGGAGUCGAAGAUGCUGAGCUGCCACAGUUCUCUAUAUUAGGACAUGAAACUAACGACCGAAAGGAGAAGUUGGCGACAGGCGUCUAUCAGAGAUUGUCUUUGAGUUUCAAGUUGCGUCGGAACAUAGGUUAUUUCGUGUUUCAAACCUACUUGCCCAGUAUUUUGAUUGUGAUGCUGUCCUGGGUCUCGUUUUGGAUCAAUCAUGAAGCUACGUCAGCCAGAGUUGCUUUGGGUAUAACGACCGUUCUAACAAUGACCACAAUCAGCACGGGUGUCCGCAGCAGUCUUCCUCGCAUCUCCUACGUGAAGGCUAUAGACAUCUACUUGGUGAUGUGUUUCGUGUUUGUUUUCGCGGCCCUGCUGGAGUACGCGGCCGUCAACUACACGUACUGGGGGGCGCGAGCCAGGAAACGGGCCAAGUUAAAGAACAGAGAGGUCUCCACUAGUACCAGCGUGGAUAAGGAUUUGAGAAGCGGUCCUCGUUCACCUGAGGAGAUCAUAGCUCUCCGCGAGUGUCCCGGGGGCAGAGCCUCUCCUCUCCCGGGGCUGCGGUCACGACCUCUAGCACCUUCCGGAGCCCCACCCUCACUCCGCAUACAACGGGACCACAACCUUCGAUAUAGAACGAGGAAUCACUCACGGAACUAUACCAAUGGAUCCAACAAGCCAAAGAUGAUACACGCGUUGAAGAAAGGCGCCACCGUCAUCAAGGCUUCGAUGCCGAAGAUCCGUGACGUGAACGUCAUAGACACGUACUCCAGAGUAAUAUUUCCAAUAUGUUUCCUCAUCUUCAACUCAGUGUACUGGGUGUUUUAUAUAUUUGACUAA